GUCGGUCAAUCCUGACCCCGCCCCCUCAUAAUGCAGCAUGGGCAAAAAAUACCAGAUUCGGUAGCUUCAGCUGAGAGAGCAUACCCCUGUUGAGAAAUAUUUGGCCGAUUAAACCAAAGUAAUGUUCCAACGAUGCCGAUAGUAGACAAACUCAAGGAGGCGUUGAAACCCGGUCGGAAGGAGACGGGCGACGAUGGCGACCUCAACAAGCUGCUUGCUUCUUCCGCCAAGAAGGUGCUUUUGCAGAAAAUCGAGUUUGAGCCCGCCAGCAAGGGCUUCUCCUACCAGCUGGACAGCCUGAAGAACAAGUACGUGAUCCUCAACCCCAGAAGCGAGGGCGCCGCGGGGCAGAAAGCCGCAGAGCCCGCUCAAAUAAAGAGGCAAGCAUCUGAAAAUGUGAUCAGCGGCCAGGGCGACGGGGUCCCGGCCCCGCAGAAAAUGCUCUUUCCUGGCAACAAGCUCAAUCUGAAGUGGGAGCGUGUGUACAGGGUGGGAGCUGGUCUUCACAACCUUGGAAACACCUGCUUCCUCAACUCCACCGUUCAGUGUCUCACCUACACCCCGCCGCUCGCCAACUACCUGCUCUCAAAGGAGCACAGUCGGGCCUGUCACCAGUCAGGCUUCUGUAUGAUCUGUGUAAUGCAGAACCAUAUCAUCCAAGCCUUCGCCAACACUGGCAACGCCAUUAAGCCCGUCUCCUUCAUCAGGGACCUGAAAAAAAUCGCUCGACAUUUUCGCUUUGGAAGCCAAGAAGACGCCCAUGAGUUCCUGCGCUACACCAUUGACGCCAUGCAGAAAGCCUGUCUCAAUGGAUACCCAAAACUCGAUAGACAAACUCAAGCCACAACACUCGUUCACCAGAUCUUUGGAGGUUACCUCAGGUCAAGAGUGAAAUGCUCCAUCUGCAAAAGUGUCUCAGACACGUACGACCCUUACCUGGACAUUGCCGUGGAAAUCCGGCAAGCGGCAAACAUAGUGCGAGCCCUGGAGCUGUUUGUCAAACCAGACGUUCUGAGUGGAGAGAAUGCCUACAUGUGUGCCAAGUGCAAAAAGAAGGUGCCGGCCACCAAGCGCUUCACUGUCCACCGGACAUCUAACGUCCUCACCCUUUCUCUGAAGAGGUUUGCCAACUUCAGCGGAGGAAAAAUAACAAAGGACGUUGGUUAUCCAGAAUUUUUAAACAUCCGCCCCUACAUGUCUCAGAGCUCAGGCGACCCCGUUAUGUAUGGUUUAUAUGCUGUCUUGGUGCAUUCUGGGUACAGCUGUCAUGCUGGUCACUACUACUGCUACGUCAAGGCGAGCAACGGGCAAUGGUACCAGAUGAAUGAUUCAAUGGUUCACUCCAGUAACAUCAAAGUGGUUUUGAACCAGCAGGCUUACGUGCUUUUCUACUUGAGGAUCCCCGAGUCAAAGAAGAAUGCAGAUGGCCAGACCACCAAGCAGGGAAUGUUGCAUUCUGCGAAGAACAGCGCAUCGUCCGAGCAGAUAAAGAGAGCGAACUUGAACGGGCCGCUCUCUUCCCCACAAGUCACCAAGAAACUUGAGCCUGCACAGCUGCGCAAGAUCCAGUCUAUGGAUGGCGGCCUAGGUUUGCCCGUUUCCAGGAACGGCGUGAACUCCCAGCCGCAGCCCAGGCUCUCCAACUGGACGUCGUCGUCGUCCAACGGCGCGCCGAAGGUGCCGGGCGGACCCACGGUCAUAGAGGAGCCUUUCAAGAAGGUGAAGAAGCCUUCUCCUCAGAGCCAGGCGCAGUCCCGCAGCACCACGCCCACGCCUUCCAGCAACGGGGUCGCGAGGACGGAGGGGGACAAAAAACAAAGCGGAGAGGGCAGAGGGAUGGCAGCAUCUACCUCAUUCAAGUCUUUGUCGGACUCUUCCUCUGCUGACACGACUGACUCAAAGGAGUCCGUUGGUCCAAAAAGCGAGCCGGUAAGAGAGACGCCCUCCACGCCUCGGAAARGCUCCAGCAGCUUGGCCUCUCCGGCCCGGAGCGUGGAGCGCUCUCAGAGCACAGAGGAACAGAAGACRGCCAAGUUAAAACCCCCKGCGCUCAACAACAUCACAUCUGAGGCCACCAGCAUCAUGUCUCCACCGCCUGCCAAAAAACUGGCUCUCUCAGCCAAGAAGGCUUACAGUCAGAGUCUGAGCAACAUUGAUGCUCUGUGCCAUUCGCCAAAGCAGCUGCCCACUGACCCUAAACAUCAAAAUCAACUUAAAUCCCCAGCCGUCACCUCAGCCCAUCACACUGACAGAGUUAGUCCAUUUGAUCCUCUUAAAGCCCAGUUAUCAUCUUUUUCCCACUCGUGUGGAUCUCACAACCAGCCACUUUUCUCCACACUGCAAAAACCAAAAGCCAGCCUUUCUCACAAAACCAAUGGCCUUCACAGUCCGAACCCAACGAGCCCCAAGUCUUCCAGCAACCUCGGCCCCGCAGCUCAAGAGCCAGACCUCGACCCUCUGGCUCAAAACGUCAGCCCAAAGAAGAGGAAAAAGAAGAGGAAAAGGCGACACUCUGAGGUGGAGGAUGAUAAAGAGACUUUUCCAUCCUCGGCUCCUUCAACACAGUCCAGCCCCACAGAGUUGGCGCACGAGAAGAAUGGCAAGAAGAAGAAAAAGAAGAAGAAAAAGCGGAAACUCGAAGGGGACAAUGGGGAAGAAACUGAAGAGAGGGAGUUCGUCCAGUCACAUUUGGAUGUAUCGAAUCAAGAGGAUUGGUGUCAGAGCGGCUUAUGGAGCCUCACGYCUCAUUCAGAUGCAGAGCCAUCAGAUCAGAAACCACAGGAAGCUGAAUUUGUGAGGAAAAAAAAGAAGAAAAAGAAGAAAACGAUUGAACAGGAGGCAUCUCUGCAGGAAAUAAACUCCAGAUGCCCCACGUCAGAAAGGGAUCCGGAGACGAAAACUGCAGACAUCUGUCACGAUGCAGAAGAUUUAAUAAAGGUGAACAAUAAAUUGACCAUAAAGAAGAAAAAGAAGAAGCUAAAAGAAGAGCAGCGAGGAGCGAGAAAAUGCUCUGAAGAUGAGUCAGCAGAAGAASCUGCCUCCAAAAAGAUCUCCACAGAGGACGGAAAAGUUGGCAAAGAAAGUACAGCCUCGGUGGUCGUGUGGGACAGCCAGGUGAGGGACGGUUACAAACGCAGCAAGGCUCCAGCGGCCGAUGGAAGCGCUCCUGUGAACACCUCGAACCACGUCGUUCCUGCGGGCUGGGACGGGAAAAAGAGCAGCGGCGUUGUGGAAGAGCUUCUCAAGAACUCCACGAACAAAGCCUAUGGAGCCAACGUCCUCGGCUGGGACGGCGAAGUCUCUGCUGUCAGCAGGGAUGCGAUUGAAGAUGUCCGCAGUGCCAUGUGUGACACGGUGAUUGAUGAGUGGGAUGAGGACUUUGACAGAGGAAAGGUGAAGAAAGUUAAGAACUACAAAAGAGAGAAGUGGAGGAGCGGCAACAGCAUCUUCCAGAAGAUCCAGGACAGGCGGAACAAGUGGUCGGUAACACCCGGAGCGAAACGAGUUUUCGGAGUGCGACGCUGAGGUCUCGCCGACGGGAAAGCUGGACAAGCCACACUGUAAACCAAACAUCUGUUCCUCCUCUUUCUCCUGUUUUCAUCUUUGCUGUGUUGAAGAUCGUUUCCCAAAUUUAGGAGAACAAUUUGUGCCAUAAGCCAUCCCCACUGAUGGUCUGACCAGUCCAAAAGUAUGAAAUAUGAAAAUGUUGCCUUUGUUGGCUCAUUAACAACAUAAAAAAAAAAUCCUCAUAUAUCUGUGUCACUUUAAUUGCUAAGUGUCCAUAUUGUUUAAGCCUUAGUUGCUGUGUUAAAACUGCUCUGAAAUGAAAUAAACACCGUAUAAAUAUGAGGAGUUCACUGUAA